GUCGAAUGAUCACCCGAGAGUCUGUAAACGGAAGAGCUGUGUAUUUUGUUCUGUUUUAGGUCACUUUCCUUCUUUUAGUACAGAUAGUGCCAUCGCUUUUAUCAGAACGCUUGAUGUAUCGUGCAAUAUAAAAAGCCUACAUAGUAACAAACCAUGACAUUGACUGUAACAAAUCUUAUCCUGAGGGCUGGGUUGUUGUUCUCUUUGGGAGUGUUCUUUUGUCUGGUGCUUAAUCUACUUCAAAUUCAGCGAAAUUUCAUACACUUUCCCCGGGAAUUCUUUGACAGCAUUAAAUCAGCAUGGUGGGUGGCGCCCUCUUGUGGAACUGCUGCAGCUAUCAUAGGCCUUCUCUACCCAUGCCUGGACCAUAAGCUUGGAGAGCCCCAUAGGUACAAGAGGGAGUGGUCCAGCGUGAUGCGCUGUGUUGCAGUAUUCGUAGGCAUCAACCAUGCUAGUGCUAAAAUUGACUUUGCAAACAAUCUCCAGCUAUCGCUCUCUCUAGCUGGUAUGUCUAUAGCACUUUGGUGGCUGUUUGAUAGAUCUCGAAGUGGCUUUGGCCUAGGUGUCAGUAUAGCUGUUCUAGCAACCUUUAUUACUCAACUACUCGUCUACCAAGGCGUAUACAGAUAUACCUCCCCUGAUUUCCUCUAUGUGAGGUCAUGGCUUCCCUGUAUAUUCUUCUCUGGUGGUAUCACAAUGGGCAAUAUAGGCCGGCAACUCGCAAUAUAUGAUUAUGUGGAUGACAGUCCAACUUGUAGUGCUCGUAAAGAACAUACAGACUGAGCUGGCACAUUAUUCACCCACACAGCAAUACCACGCAUCACACCAAUAUGUGAACAGAAAUGUGAAACAUAAAUGUGAUUCACAGCUAAAAAUGUGAAUAAACUCUCAUUUUAAUAUGUUAAACAUGAAGUCAGAUUCACAAGCCAGAAUUGAAUACUAGCUCAGUUCAAAGUGUAAACUGAUUAUGUUGAACAUAAAAAUGGGACUCGCAUCCCAAAUGAGGGUUUAUGGAAACAUAAGGGAUUCGUUCCCAUUGUUGGAUAGACUCCCAAAAACGUGAUAUGACUGAGCUCCGAUAAAGUCCUAUGAAUGCUCAAUGAUAAUCUACGAACUCUGAAUGGCAGCUUUUAAUGCAUAGUUAGCAUUAUUACCAUGGUAACUAUAUGGCCCAUUUGGUAUCUCUGUAACUAGGUAGCUCAAUGUUUCAGCAUGAGCUCAAUGUUUCAACAUAAGCUCAAUGUUUCAACAUAAGCUCAAUGUUUCAGCAUGAGCUCUAUGUUCCAACAUGAGCAUUUUAUUGAGGGUCACAUAAUGUUGUACAAUGUAUGUAUUACUACUAUACCAUCUGUACAUUUAUAUGUCAUCUUAAUGUUUAAGUUAAAUGUUUAUUAACAUCACAUGUAUGAGUUACCUUGGUAACAACAAUGUGUAAGAUUUUACUGUGUGUUAUCAAACAUGUAGAACUUUAACGUGAAUCUCUACAUAUUGUCAAGUUACAAUGUAUAUUUUAAAGAAACAUGUUACAAAUCAUAUAUCGAGUUACAAUGGGCAAUG